AAGCUGUUGAAACCCCCAAUGUGAUUAAAACUUCUCAAUAUUUGGCAAAGCUCUGCUUUGGUUUCUCAGAUUUUCAAACCUAAAUUAGGGAAGAAAGAAAUAAAUGAAGGGCAUGAAAGGGAAGUUAUUCAAGAAGCUGAAAUCAAUCAAGCCAUUUGGUUACGUGAAGCAAGAUCGAAUUCUUCUGGUGAAUGCAGCAGAUGGAUUCAUUGAAACAUUCCCGAAAAGCCCAGGUAUCGAUUCUCCAGCCCAGUUCACACCCAAAGAACCAGACCAAGAAAAGGUUGAAGAAGCGAUGGUGAUUAACCAAGAACCUGAUAUUAUUGAUGUAGCAGAGCUAAUGAGAGGUCUUGAAGACGAUGAAAUGGAAAUUGAUGAUGAUAUUUGUGAUAAGGAAAAUAUUGGACCACCAAUUGAGGUUGAAGAUAAGCUGAAGACUCCUUUUAGACGACAAACACCAUUGUCAGAGAUUGACAUCUCAUCUUUCCGGCGACCGGAAUUGAGUUCUGGUACUAUUCUCGUCCCGGACCUUCUGGCAGCCUUUGGACAAGUGGUGAAAGAGCAAGUUACGAUGAGUGAAGCAGAGAGCCAAACAAGAACUGAAAAUGAGAAUCUGGAAAGAAGGGAAACAAGAAGAGAUCUAGAAAAAUUUGAAGGUGAACCUCCAUUGAAAACCCGAAGAAUUCAAGAUGAAGAUGAUGAUCCUUUAUUAAGCUUUGAAGAGAAGUGCCCUCCAGGAGGUAACGACUCUGUAAUUCUCUACACAACAACACUUCGAGGAAUAAGAAAAACAUUCGAGAACUGCAACAGCAUUCGAAUAAUUCUAGAGAGUUUCCGGGUGAUAUUCUACGAGAGAGACGUGUCAAUGGACAAGGAGUUCAAGGAGGAGCUAUGGAGGGUUUUGGAAAGCAAAGUAAAGCCUCCAAGGCUUUUCAUUAAGGGAAGAUACAUAGGUGGAGCAGAGGAGAUUCUGAGAUUACACGAGCAGGGAAAGUUUAGAAUACUAUUUAAAGGGGUUCCAAUAGAUCAUUCCACACGGCCGUGUGAAGGAUGUGCAGGGUUCAGAUUUGUGGUUUGUUUCCAUUGCAGGGGUAGCCAUAGGAUUGUUGAAGAUGAUGGAUUGUCCAGAAGAUGCCAUGAUUGUAAUGAGAAUGGUCUCAUAAUUUGUCCUCUCUGUUGUUGAAGAGUAUUUGGAAAGCUUUGCGUGUAAUGCUUGUGCAGAAGAAAAGAUGGAAUCUGCGAAUAUAUUGUAGUUGUUUGUGGAUUGGAAUAAGCUUUCCCAUAUUCAACACUUUACUUUUUCUAAGAAUACUGUUUUUUUUUUC